AUGAAACUUUUAAAACUUCCAUUUUCCCGCUAUGACGUUUUCAUCACACGAUUUUUUUUGGUUGCUUCUUUUUUGAUGGUUUUAUUUAUGUGUGAGAAUCUUGUUAAGAAAUUUUAUAUGGGUAGUAUACAAAUUGGAAAUAAUAAUAUAUGUUCGUUUAUACAUAAAAACUUUGAAAACUUAGAGAAGUACUUGACAUGUGAUUUAGUUUCUUAUGAUUUAAGUAUGAACGAUUGGAAGAGUUUAAAAAAAAAAAUAAAAAAGAGAGAAGGAGAAUAUAAUGAUAUGAAAGAUACAUCUUAUAUAGAAAAAAAAAAAAAUUUUGAAAUAGAGAAAAAUUUUCAUAAAAUAAAAAAUAUUCAAAAUAAAAUGGAAGAGCAGGAAGAGGAGGAGAGGUCGACUCUUAUGGAUAGACGAAGGAUAAAAAAAUAUAAGCAUAAAAAUAAUAAUACAAAUAAAAAUAUAAAAGUGAAAGUAAAUAAGAAAAAGAAGAAGAAAGAAAAAAAUAAAAAAAAAAAGAGACAAAAUUAUUAUGCUAGUAAGGUGGGAUAUUCUCCAGUCAAAAAUAAUAAUAUUAAUAAAAAUAAUAAUAUUAAUAAAAAUAAUAAUAUUAAUAGUGGAAAUGAUAAAGAUGUAGAUAAAUAUUACAAUGAAUCCUUCAAUUACAUAGUAGAUACAAAUAAUCCUUCUUUGGAUGAACAAGUAUUAAAAAAGGCUUUGAUGGUAUUUAAAAAAUUGGAUAUAAAUAAAAAUAAAUAUAUUGAUUAUAUUGAAUUUGAAAAGAAUGUAAAUAUCCUAUCAAAAAUGAAUGAAAUAAAUAAGAAAAUAUUAAGAUAUCUGUUUGAUAUGUUUGAUAUAGACAAAGAUAAAAAAUUAAAUUAUAUAGAAUUUUUAUCAUUAAAUUCAUAUGAUUUUAAUUAUAUAAAAUUAGUACAUAUAAUAUUUGAUCAAGAUUAUGUAGUUGAUAAACGAAUCAUAAUUGAAUAUCUACAAAUUUAUAUAACAGAAUUUUUAGAAACGGUUAUAGAAGAAGAGAAACAUAAAUAUCUAAGAAAACAUCAAUUAAUAGAAUAUUAUACAAAUCUUUUUUAUAUAAAUAAUAAAAAAAAAUGGGAUUUAAAUGAAGAUGAUAAAUUACAAAUAGACGAAUUUCCUAAUUUUCAAUUAACUCUAUUAAUAGAAAUAGAUAUCUUAUCUAAUUUUAUACAAAUUGAUAAUAAUUUAGAUGGACACAUAGACCCUUCAGAGUUAUUAUAUUAUAUAAAUGAUGAUAAAAUUGUCUUUAAUAAAUUUAAAAAAUAUAUUAAACAAAAUAAAAAUGAAAAGGACAUUUUUAAGUUUAUGAAGGAAGAAUUAAAAAUAUCAGAAGGCUUGUUUUUAAAUAUAAAAUAUUUAUAUUAUUCCUUUGAUAUAAACAAUGAUAUGUUAUUAAAUUUUUACGAAUAUAAAGAUCAACUUACAACGUUUGCAGUUCUUGAUUCAGCUCCAGACAUAGUAUACGCUACAUGA